GCCGAAACCCUAAGUCGGUCAUAUUUCAGGCCUCUGCCCUUCUCCUUCGUUAAAGACGAGCCCAAGUGCUAACCAGACAAACGCCUUCAAGUUCAUCUCUAGAAUGGAGCUGUCUACUUCCAUAACCAUCUCGGCACUCCCUUCUUUCACUUUCAACAGGCCUUUUCUCACACGGAAAACGUCUCUUCCUUUUAAGCUAUCUUCAUUUUCUCGCACCAACCAAGGAUUGCUGUACCGCACUAAUUUGACUGUGAGAUCAACAUAUGAAGAAGAAAUCCCAACUGAUUCAAAUUCAACCAACUAUGUUGCAGACUUUGGCAAGAUAAAAAUUGCAGAUGAUGAACAGGAAUCACUUUCUGAUGAUUCUCCGACAGAGUUGAUUAAGGAAAACAUAAAAAUGGAAGAUGAUCAACCAGUUCAACAUGAAUCAUCGGUUUCUGAUGAUUCUCCGGCAGGAUUCCCUAAGGAAGACUCUCCCUUGGAUGGCCAAAUGCAGACACUUGAGUUUAUCGAUAAGCUUGACAUAAAGUGGGAUUCAGACAGUAGUAUAUAUUCAAGUCUUCUGCUAGGAGGUGGUGCCCUGUUUGGUUUAUGGCUAGCAACAGCUGUUGUUGGUGCUGUUGACUCUAUACCAUUGCUUCCUAAAUUUCUGGAAGUUGUUGGUCUUGGAUACACACUCUGGUUUGGGACUCGAUAUCUCAUCUUUAAGGAAAAUAGGAAGGAAUUGGCUAGCAAGAUUGAAGAGAUAAAGAAGUAUGUUAUAUGAAAGCCCAAUGAUGAUGCUUGAUGUGGAAUGGAAUGAGACUUGUUUUAAUCGUUGUAUUGAACAUCUGUUUUGUUGCAAUCUUUAGUUGUUUUGGCAGUUUUGUGAUCCAUCAUCAUCAUGUGAAUAAAUAAGUUACAGAUUUAC